GAGAGAGUAAGAGAGAAAACAACUGAAACUUACUUUUCAUGUGAAACCCGAAACAAGAGCAGAGUAUAGAGAACAUGCAUCGCUCUGCUUUCAUUUUCACAUUGGUUUGUUUUUCUGACCUUUUGGUGACUUUCAUCACUUUGGGUAAUCAGUACAGUCUGCAGUGUCUCAGUAAUUAUUUAUCCAACAUCAGCUGCUCUCUGAAUAUCUCGGAUGAGUUUCUGGUAAACGAAUCGUCCUGGCUGCAUUUCAGUGCAGACGAUGAACAGCACAUCUGCCCACUGCAGAGGAGAGAGCAGGCUUUACUGUGUGAGCUGGAUUUAUCACCGGAUGUGAUUUUCUCCGAUGUGGACACUUACAGGAUCUCCUUCCAUUCUGCUCACCAAGAUGUCGUACUGGACGAGAAGUUCAUGCCAUGUAAUCACAUUCGUCCAGUCCCUCCGUCUGACCUGUCCGUGCUCUGGGUGAAGAACAGUGCUGUUUUCCAGUGGCAAAGUGGAUAUGAAGCUUUUUCCUGGAUCCGCAGUUUAUUCAUCUCACACCUGCACUACCAGCUGAGCAUGAGCAGCACACACAAGGUGUAUGAAGCAGAAUCUGUCGAGCAGAAGGUUUAUGUGGACGAGUCUACAUUUGAACCUCAGACCGAUUAUACAGUGCGUGUGAGAUCACGGCCUGAUCAAGUGGAUUAUAAAGGUGUAUGGAGCCCGUGGGGACCUGCAUUACUCUGGAGAACAGGAGACAUUCACAAAGAGAGCCCAGAAAGAUCUUUCCACGUAGCCUGGUAUUUUCUGUUUUUGCCACUACUUCUGGUUCUACUGUCCUGUAUCCCGUACUCUAGAUGGAGGAAGGAUGAUUAUGUACCAUCACCAGCUCCUUAUUUCAGAGACUGGGAUUUAGAUGUUCAGAUGUGUUCAGCGCUGUCGGGUAAGGUGUGUGAUGUCAUGCAGGGGGAGGAGUCUCUAAAGAUUGACAGGCUGACAGGGUGCACAGCCACGCCCCUUCAGCAGACCGCACUAGAUUAUGAGAAGAUGGGAGUGAUUGACAGGCAGGAUGCCACACCCCCAUCUCCCAGCAUGCCUCACUCUCCUGUGGGAUCAGAGGUGGAUUCGGGAUGCUGGAUUCGGGAUUUCGUGCCCACUGAAGGAGGAAGCAUCACAUGCAGCGAGGAUUACUGCACACUGUCCAGCACAUACACACAGACAGCGUCUGAACCAGUCACAGAAGCGGCAGCUGUUUUUAACCAAUGAUCAAAUCUGCAUAUUUCUGAAAUAUCAUGACACAGAAAACUAGAGAAAUGAUGCUGAAAAUUCUGCUGUAAAAUUAAUGACAUUUUUUAAACAUACUGAAAUACAAAACAGCUUUUUUAUAUUGCAAUAAUAUUCAAUUGUUGUAUUUUACAUCAAAUAAAGGCAGCACUGAGCAGCAGCAGUCUCGAAAAUAUUUUAGAAUCUCAAAAUUAUAUGUAGUAAAGGAUUACAUUACAAAUACACUCACCGGCCACUUUAUUAGGUACACCUCGUUAGUACCCCUUUUGCCUUCAGAACUGCCUUAA